GAGAGGGGAGGGUUGAGCCGAGGCAGGGAGAUGAAACCAGCUUAGAGUAAGAGGAGUGUAUGAGAAAGAGCGGAGCGCUUGUACAGCGUCCCUGUGACCUGAAGAAAAAGAAAGGAGGAUUACACACGUCCCUCUUCUUCUGUCGUGUGACAGAGUGAGUGACAUAGAGAGAAAACACAGAGAGAGAGAGCGAGAGAGAGGGGGGGAGAGAGUACGAGGGACAACUGAAUUCAAGAGGAAAUCUUCAUAAGGCACUGGUGACUCCGCUGACAGAAGGACAGAGACGCAAGGAAAGAAGCGCAGAAAGACAGAAGGAAGGAGAGCAUGCUGCUUUGGGAGAGGAGCAUGUGUCCUCUCUGCUGGAGUGUGUGCGUGAAGAGAACGGUGCAGGAUCACUGUCAUGUCAGCGUCUAGGAAGCUUCAGUGAGCUCACUGAAUGAAGACAUGGCCCAGGCAAAAGGGCGGAGAGAUGGAGUUCCGUCGUCCAACGAGAAUGCUCAAUCGAUGUCUGGGGAGGGCGUGGCAUGGAAGGGUCCCCGUACUGUGGUCCUGCAGAAGAACUCUCAGGGCUUUGGCUUUACACUGCGACACUUUAUAGUGUACCCACCAGAGUCAGCCCUCCACACUUCUCUAAAGGAUGAGGAGAAUGGCAAUGGGAAAGGGAAUCAGAGGGGCCGUCUUGAGCCCAUGGACACUAUUUUUGUGAAGAAUGUGAGGGAUAAAGGUCCUGCCCACCAAGCUGGGCUUUGCACAGGUGAUCGACUGGUGAAAGUGAAUGGGGAGAGUGUUCUGGGGAGAACGUACUCUCAGGUUAUAGCACUGAUCCAAAACAGUGAGAGUGUGCUGGAGCUGUCCAUCAUGCCUAAAGAUGAGGAUGUGCUCCAGUUGGUAAGUGCAUACUCUCAGGAUGCCUAUCUAAAAGGGAAUGAGCCGUACACAGGAGGGGCCAAGAACCUUCCAGAACCUCCUCCUAUAUGCUACCCACGCAGCAAACCCACUGCUACUGGCCAGCUUGACAACCUGAACUGCAGACCCACUGGCCCGACCAGCCCCUUGGACAAUGGCACUGGGGGUGCAGGCCACCGCCCGGAUGCCCCAGCCCAGCACACUCUAGGCCACCAUCGCGCUCGCUCUUCAUCCUCGGCAGGCAUAGCCAUCAGCCCACUGGACUUCCACUUUGCCAACCACAAUGCAGCCAUUGCCUCUGCCUCGCUACCCCAUCUGCGGAAAAACAGCCUGCCACAAGCACGCAGUGACCUGUGCCACCAGGCUCUGUGUGACUGGUACUACAGCCAGGCAGCAGAGCGUCCGGGACUGUCCAUGUCCUCCCGACACCGUAGCAUCUCUCAGGACAGGCUGGCUGAGCUAGGGCUAAUACCAGGUGGACGUGAUGGCUGGCCCCAUAGCGCCUCUCAAGACACGCUGCUUCUCCACUAUGGCGCAGUCAACCACUCGGACUCACAGUGGCUCGGCAGGUGGAGAGCACCCGGUGCCUCCAACCGCUCCUGCUCAGAGAACCUACUGGCUGCUUAUGCUGCAUACGAACAAAGCUACGGGCGCUCCCUAGAUACUCUAGAUCAGGCAGCCGCUCUGGUGUCACCUCGCUAUGACCGGUCAGCCUGGUCCCAGCACCAGCAGAGCAUCCAGCCAGUCAAGACAGAGGAGCGACCCAGCUUGAGCAGUCCACGAACAGUUGUUUCUGCAACUGUGCCCCCUUCAGGCCGGGGCUCCAGCCAUAGCCAGCAGCUGACAGGCUCUCAAUCUCAGUCCAGACGUCUUCCUGCACAGACUGUAGAUGACCAAACAGUUGGUUACCGUAGCUACAGUCCCUCUUUCUGCCGCAAGGCGGGCCACCUCAUGCAGCAGGCCCACUCCUUUAAGGACUCUUCUUACGCAGGACCUCACUUGAGCUGGACUUCCACACCCAAAAGCAGCCCCCCGGACAGCUCUAGUACAGCUUCAGGCAGAGAGUCGUCCCCUCUGUCCCUGUCAUCCACCACUGAGAUGCAGGAUUCAAAGCCAGGCUCAGGAGUUGGAGGAGCAGUAGAGGAGUAUGUUCAAUCUCAGACACAAGAGGUGGUCCUUAGACAAAAGCCCCCCACUGGCAGACGUACACCCCAUGCAACGCGCCACCCCAACUAUACUCUGCCUGUGGAUUCCCCCGAGCCUCCUGCAGCUUCAGCCCCUGCAGCGCGGCAAGUAGACUCCACAAACCGAACCAAUGGCAACCUACAAGCCCUGCCUGUGGACCAGGACUCCUUGGCAUCUAUUCCCUUUAUAGAUGAACCCACCAGUCCCAGUGUAGACCUGCUUGCCCAGCACGUUUCUGCCUCCUCUGUGGUGUCCAGUGGCCUGUGCCAGGCUCCUGCCCUCUCCGGCCGGUCCGAAUCUCCCUCCCUCACCUCCCCCCUCACCCACCUCCUCCACACAGACUCAUCGACAGCUUCAGCUUUUAUCCUGUGUCCCUUGCUGUGCCUGUGUCUCCAUCACUGUUCCAGCCAUAUCACCUGUCCUUUUGUUGAAGCCGUACGUCACUCAACUCUUCAGAGCAAUGUCAAGAACAGCCGCCGCUCGUCGUACCUGCUGGCCAUCACCACUGAGCGCUCGAAGUCAUGUGAUGAGGGUCUGAACACAUUCAGAGAGGAGGGUCGCGUGUUCUCGAGAUUACCAAAAAGAGUCAAAAGCUUUUUUACAGAUGGGUCCCUCGAGAGUCUGCGAGCAGCAGAGGAGGCUCGUUCCAAACGCCACUCCACCUCCGAGCUGGGCAGCAUUACUCUCACAGACAUCAGGAAAGAGGGCUGGCUACACUACAAACAGAUACUCACAGAGAAGGGAAAGAAAGUGGGUGUUGGCAUGCGGCCGUGGAAACGGGUUUACUCUGUGUUGCGCACCCAUUCACUCUUUCUUUACAAAGACAAGCGGGAGGCAGUGCUGCACGGCGCCGGAUCGUUAGGCCACAGUCAUGGCCACAGCAGUCAAUCUGAGGAUGAGCAGCGAAUCAGCAUCCGUGGUUGCUUGAUUGACAUUGCCUACAGUGAGACAAAGCGGAAGCACACACUGCGGCUGACCACUCAGGACUUCUGCGAGUACCUGCUGCAGGCAGAGGACAGGGACGACAUGUUGAGCUGGAUCCGUGUCAUCCGAGAGAACAGCAAAACUGACAGCGAGGAGCUAGGUUUCUCCAGGCAGGCACUCAUCAAUAAAAAACUGAAUGACUACAGGAAACAAAGCCCAACAGGUAAUAAACCUGACACUUCUCCUAGAGUCCACCGGAUGAUGCAGCCUUUUCUCCUGUCAAAGACAGACAACACCACAGGAGCAAACCGUGCCCCCAAAACAGACAGCAAAGAGGAGAGCAGUCCCCCUAAGGCUCCAUGGAGCAUCAACAUUAUGAAGAAGGGAAAGAAAGCGGGUCCUAAGGCCUUUGGAGUUAGACUGGAGGACUGCCCGCCAGGUGCCAAUAACAAGUUUGUUCCUUUGAUUGUGGAGAUCUGCUGUGGCCUGGUGGAGGAAAUGGGUCUUGAGUACACUGGUAUCUACAGAGUGCCAGGGAACAAUGCCAUGGUGUCCACUCUACAAGACCAGCUCAACAAAGGCAUGGACAUCAACACUGCUGAAGAGAGAUGGCAGGACCUGAACGUAAUCAGCAGUCUCCUUAAGUCUUUCUUCAGGAAGCUUCCAGAACCUCUUUUCACUGAUGACAAAUACAAUGAUUUCAUCGAUGCCAACCGGUUAGAGGAUGCAGGAGAUCGGCUGAAGACCAUGAGAAAACUGAUCCGUGACUUACCUGAUCAUUACUACCACACACUUAAAUUUCUGAUUGGUCACCUUAAGAGAGUGGCAGAUAAUUCCGAGAAGAAUAAGAUGGAACCCAGAAACCUUGCUCUAGUGUUUGGCCCCACACUGGUGCGAACCUCAGAAGACAAUAUGACAGACAUGGUCACACACAUGCCAGACCGCUAUAAGAUUGUAGAAACACUCAUUCUACAUUUUGCCUGGUUCUUCAGUGAUGCACUGGAUAAAGAUGAGAAGACCCCUGAGGACCAACGAGAUGAGCAGCCUGUUCCAAAUAUUGAUCACCUCCUCUCCAACAUUGGCAGAACAGCACCGACGGGCGACGCCUCAGAUUCCACCAACAGCGAUUCAGCUAAAUCCAAGGGAUCGUUGAGUUCAAAGAAAGACGUCAGUGCCAAGGACUUCCUCCCCAUGUCCAUCAUAUCUGCCGUGACCCGGAAGAGAAAGAAGCACCAGAGCACCUGCCCUGCGGAUAGCAGCAGCGAUGAAGAUUUAGAGCACGAGCCGGUCAAAGCCAGCAACUACAGGGAGCUAGAGGAGGGUGGGGGGAAUGAAGAGGGAGAUGAAGAGACAGAGUGCCCUCUUUUAAGUUCAGAAAGUCAGGCCAAAGUGGUGGAGGAGAAGGAUGGAGGAGGAGAGGCAGGCAUGGGGUCAUGUGAAGGGGCAGGAGAGGAAUUGGGAGGGAGGGAAAAUGCAGCUUGUCAGCGAGAGGAUGAUGAUGGUAUACAUGUAGACACUGGUCUAAGGGCACAGCCACGUCCUCGUAGCUUUCUCUACUCACACCAAAGUUCCACAGGCCUGAGAGCCACAGGUCGUCCUGCCAGCCCGUCCUCUUCCUCCUGCCCGAGCAGCACUCACAGAAACGGCCAGACAAACCCCGUGACCCGGAAGAAGCUUAGAGGAGAAAGAGUGCGCCCCCGCUCUCUGUAUGGUGAGGAUCUGGGGCUGGAGCGGGCCGCUGUAGGACUGUCCCGUGUCAAAGCCUCACUUGUCCGAGGCCAAGAGAGGCUACUACAGGCCAUGUCCCCCAGCCGCGAUCCCUCCGUCCCGCAGGGCUGGCUGGGCCAGGUGCAGGCCAACCUCCUAGCCUCUGCCAACGACCUGUGGAAGUCAGGCGCCCAGCGACGGCACAGCUCACCAGAAACGCGACGCAGGAGGAGAGACUGGAGACGCCACACAGUGGUGGGCAACGCACCUGGGGAACGCUGACCAAUCACACAAAACCUCACUAAAAUCUAAUACAAUAACCCAGUUGUUCCGAACACUAGUCCUGCAGUACUCUUGGCCUGCAUAUUUUAGUGUUUUCCUGCUAUAACCCAUCAAAGAAAGGCUUGUUAAAGAGGAAUUCAACCAUUUCUGCAAAAUUAAACUGUUCAGCUGUAAACAAAGUUGUUCAGAGUGGUUUGAUGUGAGAUGCAUGAUUUUAGAGAAACUUACCAAGAAAGAAUUGUGCUGACUGGAAGCAGACAUCCACAGCAAUUAAUGCCUCCAACAGUUACCUCACAGAAAGUUAUUACAUGAAAUUAUUACAGACCAGCUGUCUCUUGCCUGAGACACUGUUUUACGAUAAUUUGAGAAGGUUUUGGCCUGAAAGACGUUUUUUUAAACCCCAUCUAUGGUAGAAUGAUGUGUAGGAUUACUGGUGAUUUUGGAUAGUAAAUAAAAUGACUACAUUUGCAUUGUAGCCAUUGUGGCCACUGGUUCUUAUUAUCCACCACUGUAAAGAACUCCAAGUUAGUAAAUCUCUGUCCAAUGCAGCAUUUCACAUCAAACUGGUCAGAUUUUUGUUUACAUCUUAAUGACUGAAUUGUGCAGAAAUUUUGAAAAUCCAAUUAAAGUGCAAAUUGCAUGGUUAAAUGAGUACCUCCAUGUUUUUUAAACUUAAUCUCUAACUGUAGCAUCUGCAGUGGAAAUUUGAUUACCAGACAAUAAUUUUGACACUGUUUCCUGUGUUUAGAAAAGAACAUUGCUCAAGAAUUUGUCAAAGAUAUUCAUAAAUUAAGCUACAAUUCUCUUUAAUUUGUUCUUUUAGUCAUGAGACUCGUUUUCCUGAGGGAAAAAAAUAAGUAAUUUUAACAGUGCAGUGAUGCAAGCUAAUUUUUCACAUGCUCCUCUUUGAUUAUUAUGGAUAUCAGAAACUUUGAAGUGAAAGACAUUUGGAGUUCACUUCAGCUCAUGAAAAGCUGGACUGGAAAAAAAUCUUCCAUUUUGGUACACUUAGCCAGCUAUCCAACUUGCCAGCCAUAAACAAAAAACACAAUUACACAUAAGUAAACUAGGUAAUCAUGUACUCAUGAGAGUACAAUGCUGCCUGUGGAGUCAUAGCAAAAAAGUUUAGAGAACUUAUGUGGUUGGUGGCAGCAGUAUGACUGGAGUGUGCAGCUGUGCUUAGCUGAAUAACUAACCUAGCUGGUAGGCAGUUGUCUAAUUCACCUACUACAAACAGUAAAAUCACAGAAGUAAAGAUAAUAUUGGUAAUUCUAUGUAUCAUGAAGUCUCUAUAUUAUGUAUUUUAUAUGGCCAAUGGGGAUAAAUUACUUGUAUUUAGACACAGAGGACAUGAAAAAAUGUAUUCACUCUGGAAGCCCAUUGCUACAAAUUUCAUGGACAUAAAUGUAACACAUUCAUUUAGAGAAUUCAGAAACUGCCGGUUGGCUUGCACAUCAAACAAAAAUAUAAACACAACACUUGUUUUUUCUCCCAUUUUGCAGUAAUUUGAUUUUUUUCCCUAGUAAUGUCAGGCAAAUGGUGGUCACACCAGAUACUAAUGUGGUGGUUUUAAGCAGGGUUCCAGUAAAAUCUUUUCAGUAAAAAGUCUUGGUUAUAUAUUUGUUCAAUAUAAGUCAAUUUUGAGUCAGCUGCUUUUCUGUUCAUUUCUAAACACAGGGAACCCCACUGAAUUUAUUGUCUGUGGUAAUCAGUGGUAUGAAACCGAUGUGGCAGAUAGAGAUCAGGUUGAAAAACUGGUUUGAUCAGAUGCAUUAGAGCAGUAUAUGAGUAUAUGCAGGAGGGUGCUGCUCCAGGAACAAGCCUGGGAAUCACUACAUUAACACAACAAAAAGCCUGUGCCAAUCAGAUUCCUUUAGCUGAGAAAAUACAUUAGGUGCAAGGUUCAGUGGAAGUCUUAAACUGAUGGGAAGCUUGACUAUAGCUGAAUUCACUUCAGCUAUUAAUUGCAUAAGCGCAGCAUGCUGAAAAAACAAAACACAUUUCAUGCCAUAUUUAUGCAAUAAAGGCUUAAGGCCAUUCAGCAUACUGCACUGUUUGCAAUAAAUAACCUGAGCCCUUUCCAGCUUAAUUCCUGUCUCUUCUCACCCCCACAUCCAUUGGAGGAGGGCACUUUAUGCCAAAAGCAAUGAAGAGAGCAGGAUCUGAGCAAGACUUUGCACUGCCCCUUAUCAGCAUUACCAACAGACAGCACAACAUGGCUCCCACACUCAGGUGCACAGCUAGUGGUUUUAAGGAUAGACGGCUGUGGAGCACCCAUAAAAACGUUUAAGCACUCGUGCGUAUUUUAGAAAAACUCUGAUAUAGAUAUAAAAAAAAAAAUACUGAAUCAAAGAUCUGACUUGCUCUCCAUCACCCGUCCUCCAGUCUUCCCAUUAAUGAGUGUAGAUGACAGUAUUACAGACACAGCGGUUUUGUGGCAAAACAGCUGAAAGCAGCUACACUGAAAAACAGCAUAACCUUACCUUAAGCUCCAGGAAUGCCAACUCAAUCUCUUGUUCUUUCUCUUCUGCAUUUUGAUCUCACAGUACUUGUUCACCCCACGGUGGCUUUGAUGAGCUGCUGCAGAUGGUUCAAAGUUGUACCGUCUAGUUCUUGACCAGAUAUUACGGCCAACUCCAAUUCCCCCUUGUAACAUGUCUGUCCUCUGUGUUUGUGGGUCACUGUUACUGCCCUGUGCACGUAUGUUCAUACACUAUGUGGGUGCUUGUGUGGACCAAGUUUUGUAACAGUUGUACAAAGCCUUGCUAAGUUAACCUUUGUGUACAAAUGAUACAUAUGAUAAUAUAAUAUUUGUUUUGAACCGUU